AUGAGGCGUCCACUACCCGUUGUUCAGGACAAGAAAAUCUCCGACGUGGGACCCAGCGCCCUGAUCUGUGUGGUGCAUCAGCAGGAGUCCUCGAGGCCCCGAUUUCCGAUUCCUGCAUGGGCCACCAGCCAACCGUUGCAGGCAGAGGCCGCCAGACCCUUGCUCACCGGCCGGGACUCAUCCAUGUGGAAGGCCUGCCGGCUGUGCCUAGUGGCCCUUUUUGGGCUCCAUCAGCGUUAA